AUACCAGAUUGCUACUUUCUAGGUCACCUAUUUUUUAAAAGCUUAAGCGUGAUGGGGGGAACAAUGAAGAAAAAGCACACGAAAGGUCAGGUUGUCGCGUUUCUCAGUCAAAAGCAGGCAAUGAGACGCUUGCAGCUAAACCUUCCUAAUUUUAGACGGCUAUGUAUAUUGAAAGGGAUAUAUCCAGUAGAACCCAGAAGCAGAAAAAAGGUUGGAAAGGGAAACAGUCAACCUAGGGUUUAUUACAAUGCAAAAGAUAUAGCGUUUCUGUCACAUGAACCUUUGAUAGAAACAUUUAGAAAACUUCGGAUAUUCCAUGUAAAGCUCAAGAAAGCACGAGAAAAGAAAGAUAAAGAGAAGGAGUUUCGAGUAAGGAUAAAUAAGCCAAGAUACACGCUUCAUCAAAUCGUAAAAGAAAGAUACCCUACGAGGCAGGAUGCUCUGCGGGAUAUAAGUGACAGCCUUAACUUAUUGUUUCUCUUUGAGAAGCUUCCUAAACUCACCCAAUUCCACCCUUCUUUAAUCUCUAUCAGUCGAAGACUGUGUGUGGAAUUUUUGAAUCUUGUUGUGGCAACACAAGCAGUUCGAAAGGCAUUUAUUAGCAUAAAAGGAUUUUAUGUUCAAGCUGAAAUUGAUGGAAUUCCAGUAGUCUGGAUUAUGCCCCAUGCUUCUGUUACUCACACCCCAACUGAUGUCGAUUACCGUAUACUAGCAACUUGUCUGGAAUUUGAUGCUACACUUAUUGGAUCUUUGAUGUGUCAUUUGUACCGGAUCAAUAACCUAGUGUACCCCCCAAAACUCUCUGUGCGUGUUGAACAUGAUCCGAAUGGAUACUAUUGUGGCCAAAAAGAGAGCCUUUUUGAGUUUAUGUCGUCCCUCAGCUUCCCACUUAAACGCACAGAGCCGCCAAACGAUGUUGACGUUGAUGAUUUGACUGAGCUCCAGGCUAUUGAUGAGCAGGUUUCGCAAGCGAUAAGUAAGCAAAUAGAAGUUCAAAACGUGAAAAAGCUUUUCAAAAACAAACGGUUUUUCCUUAUGCGUGAAGUUCCACGAGAAGUAAUAUGUUUGAUUAUACGGUCUUGUGGCGGGGAGUGUUCCUGGGAUAAAAUUGUUUCUCCAGGAUAUACAUUCCAAGAAGAUGACCCUACUGUUGACUACCAAGUAGUAGAUCGUCCGAUGACAGAUAUGAAAUUGACACGUUACUAUGUCCAACCACAGUGGGUUUUCGACUGUUUAAAUGCAGGGAGACUGUUGCCAACACAAGAUUACUUACCGGGUUGUAGUCUCCCACCUCAUUUAAGUCCGUUUAUUGGAAGUUCUGGUACUGAUGAACUUUUAGACACUGCAGUUAUGUCACUUUCAAACCGUGGUGGACUUGUCGGUGUUGCUCCUGGAUUUGGGGAUGGUGCAUCUAUCUAUCGUCCACCAGAGGCAGAUUACCUUGCUGGUUUGGUGAGUCUGGCUGAAAUCCGUGGAGCUAGAGUCCAAGCCCAGUCUGAAGGCACUAUCGAGAGUCAGUCAGAAGUGGAUAAUGACCUUUUGAAUGAUUCUUCCACUAAAGAAGAAAAUGAUUUAAAAACCAAUGUACAGACAAAGGAGCGAUCCAAGCUUAAGAAAGUUUCAAAAGGUAAGGAACCCAAAGUAACACCUGGUCGAGUUGAAAGCAAAACAGUUAAGAUCUACAAAGAGAAGGAGGAAGCAAACGCUGAACGUAAGUUAAGGGAGUUAAUGUUACCAAAAAAACACAAAAAUGUAUAUAAGAAAAUGGUACAUUCUAUCAAGCGAAAAGAAAAAGAAGCACGCCAGUUAGAAGCAAAACGACGUCGAAUUGACAUGGGAACCGGAUGAAAGCUGUAAUUACUUGAUAUGAUUUAUACAACAAAAUAAAACAAUCAGACAUUUGAACCUUUUUUUCAUUAAACGUGGUUGAACAGAGAACUAGUGGUUCGAGUAUUUAUCUGUCAGCUAAUUAGUUACAAGUUCAAACUUGAACCGUAUUGUUCAUGACUAAGUGAAAAAUGUCGACUGAUGAGAUACUACUCAAUCGAUAAAAAAAGUUUUUCUUCCCGAUUAUUUACGGAAUUUCAUUUUAAUAUCCGUUUGACCAUAGUACCAUUAC